AUGUUACUGAAACGGUAUAACAUAUUGGAGCAGAACAUUAAUACAUACGUUUACUCGAUUAUUUCCAGUGUUACCAUUCUGCUACUUGCACUCUGCACAAAAGCGUACGAGUUCGUUUGCUCAUACGGUGCGUGCACCGUAUCCAAUAUAGACAUUUCCUACGAUGGAUUGUACGUAUUUACCUUCAUCGCCAACGCAUCAGAAACACUGAUUUUAAGAGGCGCUACCGGAAAGCUUGUGAAUCUCACCAUUCUCCAGAACGUCGCAACGCUCAAGCAAAUUAUAAUAGAAGAUUGUAAAUUCAUGGAAAUUAUCAUACCCCAAUUUCAAAUACCCUUCUCGCUCGUAUUGCGGCGCGUAUUCCUAAAAGCAAUUUUAAUCCACCAGACUGCUAAUAUGCUCACCGACAUCAGGAUGCGUAAUGUGCCUUUCAAAGUGUUCCCACCAUCGCUGCUGCAAUUACAGCAUCUGGUAAGCCUGGAACAGUGUCGAUCUCACAUGAGAUAUCUACAUUUCGGUGAUUUGAAGAACAUGCACAGCCUUACAAAUCUUGAUUUAUCCUACAAUAAGAUACAGUCGGUAAUAAUGGACCGUAACGGCCAGUGCUGUGGACAAUUAAAGUAUUUAAAUUUGAAAGGGAAUUUGUUGAAGCGCUUCGAUUUCGGAGCGUUAGUCUAUCUGUCGCAACUCAAGUGUGCAUUCCUCGGAUACAAUCAAAUCUCAUCCAUAAACACACGCAUCGAACAACAUUAUAAUCGCAAUAGGAAAUUCUGCUCGUGGAAAACAUUUUACGUGAUGCGAAUCAAAGCAAACAUUCCCGUUCCAAGGCCUGCGUGUACCGAUUAUUUUGCCAACCUUAGUACGAUUACACUUGAUCAUAAUAGACUAACCGAAGUCAAUAUGAAUGAGUUAGAACACAUGAGUGUGCUGACAGAUCUGGACUUAGCAUUUAACCCAAUUGAAAAUGUAAAGAUAUCAAAUGACAGAAUACCAGUAUCGUUGAACAUGAGUUUACUUAACGGUAAUCGCGGGUAUUUACAUGCUUUAGCUCCGGAUGUAUUUUCCAAUUAA